CCCGAGCGCGCGCCCGGAGGGGCGGGCUGGGACUCCGGGCUCACACGCCCUUCUACGGCCGGGCGCCUGCGCUCCCUUCCGCUUCCGACGCGCUGUCCGCCAGCCGGUGGAUGUGCGGCAACAACAUGUCGGCCCCGCUGCCCGCCGUCGUGCCCGCCGCCCGGAAGGCCACCGCUGCGGUUAUUUUCCUUCAUGGAUUGGGAGAUACUGGGCACGGAUGGGCAGAAGCCUUUGCAGGUAUCAGAAGUUCCCACAUCAAAUACAUCUGUCCACAUGCGCCCAUUAUGCCUGUUACAUUAAAUAUGAAUAUGGCUAUGCCUUCCUGGUUUGAUAUUAUUGGACUUUCACCAGAUUCUCAGGAGGAUGAAUCUGGAAUUAAACAGGCAGCAGAAAAUGUAAAAGCUUUGAUAGAUCAAGAGGUAAAGAAUGGCAUUCCCUCUAACAGAAUUAUUUUGGGAGGAUUUUCUCAGGGAGGCGCUUUAUCUUUAUAUACUGCUCUUACCACGCAGCAGAAACUGGCCGGCGUCACUGCACUCAGUUGCUGGCUUCCACUUCGGGCUUCAUUUCCACAGGGUCCUAUCAAUAGCGCUAAUAGAGAUAUUUCUGUUCUCCAGUGCCAUGGAGAUUGUGAUACUUUAGUUCCCCUAAUGUUUGGUUCUCUUACUGUUGAAAAACUAAAAACACUGAUAAAUCCAUCUAAUGUAACCUUCAAAAUCUAUGAAGGCAUGAUGCACAGUUCAUGUCAGCAGGAAAUGAUGGAUGUCAAGCAGUUCAUUGAUAAACUCCUACCUCCAAUUGAUUGACGUCACUAAGAGACCUUGUAUAGACGUUCACCAGCAUCACUGUAGUAGAGUAUAAACCUUUUCCCAUGCCUGAUCGUAAAACUUCUAAUGUUUGCAGUAUUAAAAUGUUGCAAAUACAUACCAAUGAUACAGACUAAA